UGUGACUUGGAAAAAUCGGAAAAAUAAAAACUUGUGAUGAAAACAGCUGAUAAUGAGAAAUACCAUUUAUAAGUGACAAAAUCAAGAUAAAAUACAAAGAAAAUCUAAAUACUAGUUUAAUAAAUAAAUAAAAGUGUUGUUGUGCCAUGUGAUCAAGAUCAGAAAAGUGUUUACACCAUGAGAAAAUUAUUUCCAAUCUUCACUCGAAAACUCACGCACGUGUGCAGUUUAAAACCCUACAAAGACACGAAAUGGUUAAUGCCAAAUGGUAAUCCCACUGGAGCUUACGUUUACAACUGUGUAGCGGAAGAAAAGGUACCAAUAAUACUUAAUGACCCGACUAUCGCUACUUGGUAUUCCUGCGGUCCCACGGUAUACGACUCGGCGCACAUAGGCCACGCGUGUUGCUACGUCAAACUAGAUAUUAUACAAAGGGUACUAAAGUCCUUUUUUAAAAUCAAACUCGUCACCGCAAUGGGAGUCACAGAUAUCGACGAUAAGAUAAUUAAAAAAGGUCUCGAAACCAAAGCUGAUUUUAGAACUGUAGCUAAGAAAUAUGAGCAUGAAUUUUGGUUGGAUAUGUCAAGCUUGAACGUUGAGAAACCGAUGAUUAUAACUAGGGUAUCGGAUCACAUGAACUCUAUCAGUCAAUUUGUCAAAGGCCUUAUUGACUCUGGUAUAGGCUAUGUUGCUAAAGAUGGUUCAGUUUAUUUUGACACAUCUAAAUAUCCAGCGUAUGGAAAGUUGCAGAGAAUGCAAGAUAGCGGUGAGUCUAGCAGUGAGGCAAAGAGGAAUAAAAUGGACUUUGCAUUAUGGAAAGGUCAUAAGCCUGGGGAACCAAGCUGGCAAACUGAUUGGGGAGAGGGACGACCAGGUUGGCAUAUAGAAUGUUCUGCUAUGGUCAGUAAGAUAUUCGGUUCACAGCUAGAUUUUCAUGCAGGCGGUAUUGACUUACAAUUCCCACAUCACGAGAAUGAAGAAGCACAAUCCUGUGCCUUUCACAAUACCAGGCAAUGGGCUAAUUACUGGAUCCAUGUUGGACAUUUAAAUUUGAAAGACACAAAAAUGUCUAAAUCUCUCCAAAACACCAUAUCAAUACCUGAUAUAAUUGAUAAAUAUAGUGCUGACACAUUUAGAAUGGCAUGUUUAAUGUCAAACUAUCGGUAUGCUAUGGAAUUCAGUGAUGAAUUAAUGUCAACAGCGGAAGAUGUUUUAAACAAAUUCAAAUUCUUUUUAAAAGACGUCAGUAUUUACGCUAACAACAGUUCCUUGCACGCUGAUUAUAACAAUCGUUUAUUGAAGGAAUUACAAAAAGUUGAAGAAAAUAAUCUUGAAUCAUUAAGAAUGGACUUUGACACAGCUUCAUGUAUAAAUUCUUUACUUUAUUUGGUUACUACCGCAAACAAAAUUAUGAAAUCAAAUACAUCAGAAUAUUACCCUGUGCCUAUAAUUUUAAUAGCUGAGUAUAUUGUACACAUUUUGACUGGUUUUGGGUUAAAGUUGGCCGAGUCCACAAAAGAUCAAGUUGCAAAUUCCCUGAUAGAUACUCUAGUAGAAUUCAGGCAUACAGUUAGAUUGAAUGCUUUAGAAAGGAAGGAUAAGGAACUUUUGGCAGCUUGUGAUGUUGUCAGAGACAAAAUGAAAUCUAUGAAUGUACAAAUUAAUGAUAGCAAAAAGACACCAUCCUGGGUUUUAGUCAAGUGAUAAGCGUGAUUUUAUUAUUGUAAGUUAUAAUUAA